UCCCUCCAUUGCUAGAUCUAACGUUUUUCAUCAUCAUUCUCAUUCUCCCCUCUUCUCUCUAGUAACGUCACAUUCUCCCCUUCUUGAAAACCCGCCUCGUUCCCUUCCUUCGCCCAGAUGUGGAGGCUUUCUCGUUCAGCUGCAAGUUUCGCGAGCCCAUUAUUCCUCUUCACCUGAAUCCCAAUUGGGGUUUCGGUCUUUCUUGGCGUUGCUUAGUUUUUCUGCUUUCGCUAGGGUUGCAAAUAAAGUUGCCGCCUUUUUGGUUAAAGCAGCUUGCUCUCAGCAAAUUGGCGCCUUUGCUGUCAAUUCGUUUGUUCGAGUUGGUUUUUGGAGGAAUUCAGUUAAAAAGCGUUUUGGCGUGGGGGUGGGGAUGAAUAGCGUAUUCAGUGAACAGAUUCUGGCCGACAAGCUUGCCAAGCUCAACAGCACUCAACAAUGCAUUGAAAGUAUCCUUCUUUUAUUUCCUUCUCUCCAUCUUCUUCUGAGUUUAGGGUUUAGCUUGUCUUCUAGGAAGGAAUUGGAUCCCUAGGAUGAUUUUUGGUGCCGUGUUUGGUGGAAGUUCAUUAUGGUUUGUUCGUUUUUGGUGGAUUGUGGGUUGAAUUGCACUGGUAGUAUUUCUGAUUUUGAGGUAAAUCCGUACCAUCGUCAUCUUCCAUGCUUAUGUCAACAUUCUUAUGCCAAAGGUCUGAUUUUUGAACAUUUCAUGAUGUUUGAUUCAGCAUGCUUGUUUGGUGAAAGCUGUUUGAAGUUGUGUCUUUAUUUUUCUGCGAGAUGUUAUCUUAACUAUGUUCUAUAGCUUUGUCGCAUUGGUGCAUAUUUCACCAAACCAAAGCCGAACUCGUUGUUGCGACAUGGGACAAACAGUUCCACAGCUCGGAGAUGGCUCAGAAAGUUCCUCUGCUUUAUCUAGCAAAUGACAUCCUACAGAACAGUAAACGAAAGGGCAAUGAAUUCGUGACAGAGUUCUGGAAGGUUCUGCCCUCAGCUCUUAAGGAUGUUUCGGCAAAAGGUGAUGAUCGUGGAAAGACUGUUGUCUCUAGAUUGGUUAAUAUAUGGGAAGAAAGGAGAGUGUUUGGAACACACUCCCGAAGCCUAAAAGAAAUCAUGCUUGGUGAGGAGACUCUACCAGACUUGGAGUUCAGCAAAAAGCGUUCACGCACAGUCAAGAUUUUCAAACGAGAUUCCAGAUCUAUUAAAACGAAAUUGCCCAUUGGUGGCGCUGCCGAGAAAAUUGUAUCAGCUUUCCAUUCGGUCGACAGUGAGCGUUCCAACGAAGAGGCAGAGAUGAGUAACUGCAAAUCUGUGGUCAGUCGAGUCAGAAAGAUGGAGAAAGAAGUUGAUAUUUCCUGUAGCAACGGAAAAGAUCCCAAACGUACAAGUUUGGCGAAAGAUCUAGAGCAGGAAGAAACCCUUCUGAAGCAAUGUGUUCAGAAACUUAAAUCCGUUGAAGCUAGUAGAGCUUCCCUUGUCUCUCAGUUGAGGGAAGCUCUAAAUGACCAGGAAUCUCAGUUGGAGGUUGUGCGAACUCAGAUGCAGGUAGCUCAGGCACAGGUGGAGGAGGUCAACAUCAUGAUAAAGCGGCUCAACGAUGAAGACUAUGUGCCCAAAGCCACUACUGCAACACAUAUAGAAGCAGAUGCAAAUGGCAAAGCAGGACACACGCAAAAGAAAACCGCAGCAGCUAUUGCUGCCGAGGUUGCUGAUAAGCUAGCAGCCUCAAGCUCCUCUCAAAUGAUCAUGCAUUCUGUUCUGUCUUCAUUUGCGGCGGAAGCAGCAAAGACUGGUGGCUUGAAAUCAACGCCCGUUAGCUCUUCUGCUAAUGAUUCGGUGCCAGACCCCGCCAUGUUCAUGUCAGCACAUCAACCCCUUUCUGCUGCACCUUCGAACCAUCCAUACCAUACUAUGCAGAAUCAGAUACCGAGCUCUCAGCCUCAGUUUCACAUGCUGCCGAAUCCUUCCUCUCAGCAGUACUUGCAGCCUCCUGGCGGGAUUGUUACUCCCUACGGAUAUGGUAGCAUUAGUUCCUUGCCAUCAGGACCACCGCCUCCACCUCCUCCCUAUAUGAUUAAUCCCAUGGCGCCUAUGGCUCAGCAACCACCAUCGCAAGUUCCAAUAACCCAACAGCAGCAAAUGACCUUAACUCAGCAGCAAGCUGCUGGUGGUCCUCCUGGGUUUAGACCCUUGCAGCCCCCUGGAAUGGUGUAUUAUGGGCAUCAUCCAUCAUCCCAUUCUCAGUGAUGAUAAUAAGGUCAGUUGGUUUUAGGUGUGUUGAUUGUAUAAUUUAUCUUGCGGCCCUGUUGUCUUUUGUAACUGAGAAAUUUCUUGGUAGCGAGUUAGUGCUGCUGACAUUAGAACAUCUGACGACGAUUGAUCAACAUUUCUUUUUACAUAGCUACCAGUAGUAGGGAAGUGGUAGUGAUUCAAAGUGGAGGUGGAAAAUGAAUCGAGCUGGCGAGUUCAAUGGUCUGUAACAAAUAGGUUGGGUUCGUGGUUGGUUUAAAAUGUGUUGGUGGAUUUAUCGUUUGGAUUAAAAUAGGUAAAGCUUGAUUCUCAAGCAUGAAGAGAAGUUUUGUGGCAAAUUAGAUUCUCAAGCGUGAAGAUAAGGAUUACUACACGAGUCAAAACAAACAGGGAAGUGAAUCCGAUUGCACAGUGGAGAGGAACCAAUAUCAGGGUAGUGCUGCUAUUCAACAGGUGAAACUCGGUUGAUGAUGACAUCUCUGAUACGAAGCGGGAGAUGAUGCAAGAUGGCCAUACCAGCCCGACGAGAACCAUGCUGGCGGAUCCUUUCGGAGUAUGGCAGCAGCUACUGUGAUCUUUCGCGAAUUCUUCUACAGGGGUGGAUCCGAGGCUUUGGGAGAAGUAUGCCCUCUUCCUGAUUGCAGCCUCGAAUGGUUUGUACAGUUUCCACUCGGGCAUCUUGUCGUAGUUAGCUGCCGCGGAGUUCCUGAUGUUCGACCUGAUGCCUCCUGGAACUACGUCCGAUUCCCAGCGGCUUCAGUUCCAGCCUGCAUUUUCCACAGAUGAAGUAGCGAAAUCAGGUGUUCGUCAAAAGUCACAGCGAUCGUCAUCUCUGUGAAAUUCUUUGUAUUUUUAGAAUCAAAGAAAUUCUUUGUAAUUCCCGCCUUAAUUUCUGCCGGACUCCGAGCAAAGCCAUCGGAAUCACAGAAGCCAAAUAUACUCUUUUACCGGCAGGGGGAAAAUGACGGCAAUUCCCACCAGCGGAGAGUCCCCGGCUUCCCAUUUCCACUCCUCAGUACAAAAUCCCUUCACCAAUCUUCCCAAUUUCGCAGCAAAUUCCUCGUCUGAAGAGAAACUUCUCACCGACAUCACGCUGAAACCCUAAAAUGGACUCCUUCGGGCUAGAAGUAGUUCUGAUCACCGGAUGCUCGCAGGGAGGCAUCGGCCACGCCCUGGCCAAACAGUUCGCCGCCAAAAAAUGCCUGGUCGUCGCCACGAGCAGGUCGUUGAGCUCGAUGCGAGACUUGCAGCAGGACGCCAGAUUCGAUCUCCAGGAGCUCGACGUUUCCUCCGAGGAGAGCGUGCAGCGGGUGGUGGCGAACGUCGUCGAGAAGUACGGGAGAGUGGAUGUUCUGGUCAACAACGCCGGCGUCCAGUGCGUCGGCCCUAUUGCUGAAGUCCCUCUGUCUGCCAUGGAGAACACCAUCAAUACCAAUGUUUAUGGUCCCAUGAGGAUGAUUCAAGCUGUGGUUCCACACAUGGCGUCUCGCAGAAAGGGUAAGAUCGUAAACGUAGGAAGUACCAUAGUGCUGAUAUCUUUCCCUUGGACCGGGGUAUACGCUGCAUCUAAAGCCGCCCUCCAUGCUUUAACUGAUGCAUUGAGGUUGGAAGUGAAGCCACUGGGGAUCGAUGUGAUAAAUGUGGCUCCGGGAUCUAUUCAGUCGAACAUAUUGCCCUCAGCUGAGGUUAGUUAUGCUUCUGAGCAGAAACUGUACAAGCCAUUCGAGCCAGCAAUUCGACGCUUUCUCUCCCAAGGCAGAGUAGGCACCCCUGCUGAAAAAUUUGCCAAGCAUACUGUUGCUGCCAUCCUCAAGAAGCAACCCCCUGCGUGGUUCUCUUCAGGCAAGUUCUCGACCAUCAUCGCCAUCGCGUACCAUUUGCCACUUCGCGUCAAGGAUCUGUUCGUGCAAUCUUUUGUCAAACCCUGA